CACGAUAUUGCUUGGGUUUAUAGAGGGUUCUACGCUGUACUCUCUCACCUCCGGUCGGAGACUCUAGCGAGCGAUGAAUCGUUCGGCAUCGUCAUCACGAUUUCGGAUGCUGUAAGACCCACAAGUCAUCGCAUCUUCUGGGUUGCAUUCCGUUUGCAAAGCUCUUCGUUCGGGACAAAAUGGGGCUUCUUCACUUCGUUUUCAGGUGAUGAACUUACCCAAAAUUCGCAGAUUCUCCUCUUCUGAAUGCGGUUUGCUCCAUCCGAAGACGAUCCUGGAGGAGAUUGAGAGAGGAUUUGUGGUGUUUCGGUAGUUCGUACGGGGGUUCAUUUCGGUUUCAUGCCUUUACCUUGUUUCGCUCACCCUGCUCUUUGAUCCCCACAUGCGCAUGUUCAUUUCUCUCUGCUCCGUCUCUUUCUUUCGCCGUCUUUCGUUGAACCCCGCGAAGCUAUGCACACGUUGUUUCUCAGCUAAAAGUCCGGACAUAAGGGAUGGUCUCAGCAGUUUCCUGAUGAGAAGCUUGAAUUUUUCCCGGCCCCUAGCGCUUGCCGUCUCGAAACGAUUCCCCCGGGCCACUUCCAAUUCCGUGGAGAAUUCUCGAGCUGUGAUGAAGUAUUUUCAGAAACUCGGGUUUUCCGAUGCUCAGAUUCGGUCUUCCGUUAUUGUCUGUCCGCAGAUUUUGUUUGCUGAUAUUGGGAAAACCCUCAAACCGAAGCUUGAUUUUUUCCAAGGGCUGGGUCUCGUGGGCGCCGAUUUGGGGAACUACAUUUCCAAGAGCGCGUCGGUUUUGUCGGUGAGUUUGAACAAGAGAUUGGUUCCCAACGUCCAGAUCCUGAAAGGAGUUUUAUUCGAUGAUAAGGACAGUAGAGAUUUGAUUGUGGUUCUGCGAAGGUGCAAGUGGAUAGUCUCUAAGGACCCUGAAUCAGUUCUCAGUCGCAACAUUGCCUUCUUGGAGAGUUGUGGGGUUACUGGGUAUCAGCAUAGAAUGUUAUUGAAGAGGCAGCCGAGUCUCUUUGUUGCUAAGGAGUCGAGACUUAAUGAUCUUGUUUCGCGUGUCCUCAAGAUGGGAUUUUCACCGAAUUCUGGGAUGCUAGCUCAUGCGCUCUAUUCAGUCAGUUGCAUCAGUGCCAAGACCUUAGGGAAAAAAGUGAAACUGUUUAGGGACUUUGGGUUCACGGAGGAGGAUGUCAUUUUAAUGUUAAGAAGGGCACCGACUCUGCUCAGGGUCUCUGAGGAGAAACUAAAGUUUGGAAUUGAUUUUUUGCUCAACAUCGUGAAGUGCAAAAGGACUUUGAUAGUCGGUAGACCCUCUUGUCUGAUGCUCAGCAUGGAGGAUCGCGUGGUCCCUCGAUGCAGAGUUUUGCAGGUCAUUAAGUUAAGGGGGCUAAUGAAGAAGGACCCGAGUUUCACUGAAAUGCUGGAAUUAAAUGAGGAAGCAUUCAUAGAGAGAUUCAUAUCACGGUUUAGAGAUGAUACAGACCAGUUGCUUAUAGCUUACAAAGGUCAUAUUCUAGACGUAUAGUAUUAGUGGACAUCUAAUUAAAGCCUUGUAAUAUGUUACAUCAUGUAGGAGGGCUAAUUUGUUCGAGAGGCAAUAAUUUGUGAGGGGGUUUUCUUGAUCCCUGCUGAUCUCGAGAUGGAGACCACCGUUUACCCUUUGAAACAUGUGUUCAAUGGCUGGCAAUUCUUCUUUUGGCUUUUGAUUAGCCACAAUGGCUGAUUUUUGUCCUUAUUGCUUGAUGGAUACUUUUCUCUGGAUGGCUCUCUUCCAUAAAAACCCCAAGCUAUCGGGGUAUAGACAUUCCAAGUAGAAGCUGCGACGAGGUUGCUAUGCUUACUGGUUAGUGGUAAAGCAUUUAUUUUACUGCUGGAGUCUAGGAGUCCACAGAGAAAGAUGGCUCGGUUUUACGGUGCUUCUCAAAAACUCUCUGAAGUCUCUCAUCGUGUAGGGAGACAUGGAAUGGUCUAUAUGUAGCUCUCCAUGACGCUGAAGACCCAUGACGAUGCUUGGGAAACAAUGAACAUCUUCUUCUUGGUCGAUAUGGAUAAUUGGGUAGUAAGAAAGAUUUUGUAAAAUUGCUCGGAACUUCAUGACCCACCAAGAGCUGUUUUCUGAAAUGAGGAACUGCACUUUUCCAUUAAAGGACCUGGACGUUAAGUACAACGGAAUUAUGAUAUCACUGAAGUCAUGGAAAUGGUUUCCUGCAUAUCCUCCUGUGGAGAAGAGAAUGGAGACGAUGGUAUGAUUUCUAGUGCACUGAGGAACUUGUACAUCUGAAAAUGCAGGGAAAGGGAUGAAAACUGUGGAGGAAUUGGCUUGGAUCCUCACUUCACCAGUUAUGUUGUAUAAAUCUGAUCUCAGGUCCAUAACAUGGCACGGUGGCUCUCUUUGCUUCAUCACGUUUUCUGCCACUACAAGAUUAUUAGCGAAAUAAUCAGAACCUCCGACACAAAACAAAGUCUAAUCAAAUGAGAAAAACGCCCGACAUAUACAUUUAGGACGAUUACGUACUCAGCUGAUCAGUCAUUGAGGAUGCAGUACCCUGGAAAAUCGUGGAAUUGGAUCGUUGCUCCUCCUGUUUUGCCAUAGUGUUUUCUAGAACUGCAGGAGGUAUGGACACAUUUGACAACCGCAAAAUCACUGAAAAAGCAAGGGAAGUUAAUGUACCCUACAAGAUUGCUUCAGAAAAUUUGCCAAACACUGAAAAUGCAGCAUCUGAUAAUACAUCAAUUUCUGGACCAUGAGGUCAGUAUUGUAGCAUGUUAGGAGCUUCAGUUGAGAACUUAACACUUUGGCUUGUGACUGUUUCGGUUCUUGCAAGAAACAAGGUGGAUUACUCACACGUUGGUGAAGGACCCUCAACCUGAAGACAGCGCAAAAGCUCAACACAAGGACAAAUGCACCAUACACCAACUUCUUCCUCUCAAACCUGCCGAAGCUUCUUGCAAUGACCGCGUCGUGCGCCAUCUUGACGUGGACUAAGUAAGCAUCUAGCAAGGCGCAUCGAGAGAAACCGUCGGAGUACGCUCCUAUGAAAGCCUGAUGAUGUGUUUGAUUGGACGAACCCUCUUCUCAAGGAGAGGCCAGAUUCUCAAGUAUGAUGACCAUGAAGCAGGCGUUAAGAUGCCAUUCUUGUAUGGGGAAGUUGAAGUUGAGCUGCAUUUUCUAUAUGAUGAGUUGUUGCCCUUCACGUCCUUAAAUUCUUUGUGGUUGCCUAGUUGAUCAUUAUGUCCUAAUAAUGAUGGUUGAGCGGGACUAAUCUCUAUGAAAUGAACGGUUUGCUUUAUUUUCA